CAGAGGGGUGGGGGAGGGGACGAUGCUCCGCGUCUUCGUCCUGCGGGCCGAAAAUGUCCUCACAGGCGACAGCGACAUCAGCGACACCUACUGCUCCUCCACAUUCCAAGGUGUCAAGAAGAGGACAAAGGUCAUCAAGAACAAUGUGAAUCCUGUCUGGAAUGAGGGAUUUGAGUGGGAUCUGAAGGGAAUUCCGCUGGAUCCCGAUGCCGAGCUCACCGUGGUGGUCAAGGACCAUGAAACCGUGGGAAGAAACAGGUUUUUGGGAGAAUGCCGUGUGCCGCUCCGGGAUGUUCUGGGCACUCCCAGCCUGGCGGCCUCAUUCAACCUCCCCCUGCUGGACUCGCGCAAGGAGAGCACCGGGGCUUCCCUGUUCCUGCAGGUGUCCUACAUCCCCCCUCCGGGUGCUGUCCCGCUUUUCCCACCUCCAGCCCCUCCGGAGCCGGCCCCGGCUGCAGCCGAGCUGGACACGGUCACCGAGACGGCCGGAGAGGAGGACACAGAAGAUCCGGAGGCCACGGCGGACACGGAGCCCUCAGCGUCCUCAGGAGCACCGGGCUCAGAGCCGCCCACAUUCCCAAGGAAACCAUCUGGGAAUCACAUCCAGGGGGUGAAGAGGAGGAGGAGGAGCUCUCCCAAAAAACCUUUAUCCAACAAACCACAGGAUUUCCAGAUCCGGGUGAGGGUCAUCGAGGCCCGGCAGCUUCCCGGGAUCCAGAUCCGGCCGGUGGUGAAGGUGACGGUGGCCGGACAAACCCGGAGAACGCGGAUCCGGAAAGGCAACAGCCCCUUCUUCGAUGAGACUUUUUUCUUCAACGUCUUCGAGUCCCCAUCGGAGCUGUUCGAUGCUCCUAUUUUCCUCACAGUCGUGGAUUCUCGAUCGUUCCGCACGGAUUCAGUGAUCGGGGAAUUCCGGAUGGAUGUGGAGACCGUUUACUCCGAGCCAAAACACGCUUUCCGAAGGAAGUGGCUGCUCCUCUCAGAUCCGGAGGAUUUUUCUGCGGGAGCCAAGGGCUACCUGAAGGUCAGCGCCUGCGUGCUGGGGCCUGGAGAUGAAGCUCCCCUGGAGAAGAAGGAGGUGGCCGAGGACAAAGAGGACAUCGAGGCCAAUCUGCUGCGCCCCACUGGGGUCACCCUCAGGGGGGCCCAGUUCUGCCUCAAGAUCUUCAAAGCCGAGGAUUUGCCCCAGAUGGAUGAUGCCGUCAUGGACAACGUCCGGCAGAUCUUCGGCUUCGAGAGCAACAAGAAGAACCUGGUGGAUCCCUUUGUGGAAGUCAGCUUUGCCGGGAAAACGCUCUACUCCCGGAUCCUGGAGAAAAACGCCAACCCCCAGUGGAACCAGUGCCUGACGCUGCCGGCCAUGUUCCCUUCCAUGUGCGAGCGGAUGAGGAUCCGUGUGACCGACUGGGAUCGUCUGACGCACAAUGACGUCAUCGGCACCGCUUUCCUCGGAAUGUCCAAGAUUUCGGCCCCCGGCGGGGAGCUGGAGGAUGAGUUUCCUGCUCCUGUGAAGCCUCUGAAACCCUCGGACCUGGAUGACGGGCUGGGAUUCCUGCCGACCUUUGGGCCCUGCUACAUCAACCUCUACGGCAGCCCUCGAGAAUUCACCGGCUUUCCCGAUCCCUACGAGACCCUCAAUUUGGGAAAGGGCGAGGGGGUCGCGUAUCGGGGCCGGAUCCUGGUGGAGCUGGAGACCAAACUGGUGGAGCACAUGGAGCAGAAAGUGGAGGAGAUUCCUGCCGAUGACAUCCUGAGGGUGGAGAAAUACCUGCGCAGACGGAAAUACUCCCUCUUUGCCGCCUUCUACUCGGCCACCAUGCUCCAGGGCGUGGACGGCGCCAUCCAGUUCGAGGUCAGCAUCGGGAAUUACGGCAACAAGUUCGACACCACCUGCCUGCCCCUGGCCUCCACCACCCAGUACAGCCGGGCUGUCUUUGAUGGCUGUCACUACUAUUACCUACCCUGGGGGAACGUGAAGCCGGUGGUGGUGCUCUCCUCGUACUGGGAGGACAUCGGCCACCGCAUGGACGCCCAGAACCUCCUGCUCUACGGAGCCGAGCGGCUGGAGGCAAACCUGGAGAAGGUCCACGUGGCUCUGAAAUCCAACCACUCUCCGGUCGAGCUGGAGGCCCUGGGAUUCCAACUGCUCGAUGACGUCAUUGCUGACUGCAGCCUGAAGCUUCCUGAUGUCCUGGGGAGAGCAUCCAGCACCCACCUGGAUCAGAACCUGUUCCGCUUCCGGAGCACCCACCUGGAGCAGAUCCUGAAGGUGGCUCUGAGGCUCAAACAUGAGAAUUCCAGCCUUUCCCAAAUCCUGGAUCAGGCGGAGGAUUGGCUGUGCCGGCUCCGGGCCAUGGCGGAGGAGUACCCACAGGAGGAGGUGAUGGGGCCGCGGAUCCCGGCGCAGAUCCGGGUGCGGCUCUGGUUUGGAUUGGCCGUGGAUGAGAAGGAAUUCAACCAAUUCGCCGAGGGAAAACUCUCCGUCUUCGCUGAAACCUAUGAGAACCAGACCAAGCUGGCGCUGGUGGGGAACUGGGGCACCACCGGCCUCACUUAUCCCAAAUAUUCCGACGUCACCGGCCGGAUCAAGCUUCCCAAGGACAGCUUCCGGCCUUCCGCAGGAUGGACCUGGGCUGGGGAUUGGUUUGUCUGCCCAGAAAAGACGUUGUUGCAUGACGUGGACGCUGGACACCUGAGCUUUGUGGAGGAGGUGUUUGAGAACCAGGUCCGUCUUCCUGGAGGGCAGUGGAUCCACAUGACCGAUUCCUACACAGACGUGAAUGGGGAGAAGGUCCUGCCCAAGGAUGAGAUUGAGUGUCCUCCAGGCUGGAAGUGGGAAGAUGUGGAAUGGGACACGGAUCUCAACAGGGCUGUGGAUGAGAAAGGCUGGGAGUACGGGAUCACGAUCCCGCCGGAGCGCAAGCCCAAGGCCUGGGUGCCGGCGGAGAAGAUGUUCCACACCCACCGGCGCCGGCGCUGGGUGCGGCUCCGCCGGCGCGACCUGGAGCACAUGGAAGCCAUGAGAAAGCACAAGCAGGAGGAUCUGGACGGGGAUGGUUGGGAAUACGCUUCCCUCUUUGGCUGGCGCUUCCACCUCCAGCAGCGCCGCUCCGACUCCUUCCGCCGGCGCCGCUGGAGACGCCGGAUGGAGCCUCUGGAACGCACCGGUCCCGCCGCCGUCUUCGCCUUGGAAGGGGCUCUGGGAGGAGUGACGGACGACAAGAGCGACGAUGGAAAAUCUGAUGGAAAGUCCGCAUCCACCCUGAGUUUUGGAGUCAACAGACCCACAAUCUCCUGCAUUUUUGACUCUGGGAACAGAUUCCACCUGCGCUGUUACCUGUACCAGGCACGGGAUCUCAUGGCCAUGGACAAGGACAGCUUCUCCGAUCCCUACGCCAUCGUGUCCUUCCUGCACCAGAGCCAGAAGACGGUGGUGGAGAAGAACACCCUGAAUCCCACCUGGGAUCAGACCCUGAUCUUCUACGAGAUCGAGAUUUUCGGGAAUUCUCAGGACGUGGCCGAGUCCCCUCCCAACAUCCUGGUGGAAAUCUAUGACCACGACACCUAUGGCGCGGAUGAAUUCAUGGGACGCUGCAUCUGCCGGCCCAGCCUGGAGCGCUCGCCCCGGCUUUCCUGGUAUCCUGUCCUCAAAUCCGGCCGGAAUGCCGGGGAGCUCCUGGCUGCCUUUGAGCUGAUCCAGAGGGAAAAGCCAGCUGUUCAUCACAUCCCUGGAUUCGAGAGCGAUCUCUCCUCCAGCCUGGAUGAGUCCGCGGAUUCUGACCUUCCCUACCCGCCGCCGCAGCGGGAGCCCAACGUUUACAUGGUCCCACAGGGAAUCAAACCUGUCCUGCAGCGCACGGCCAUCGAGAUCCUGGCCUGGGGGCUGAGGAACCUCAAGAGCUUCCAGCUGGCCAGCGUGACCUCGCCCAGCCUGCUGGUGGAGUGUGGGGGGCAGCGCGUCCAGUCCAGCGUCAUCAAGAACGUCAAAAAGAACCCCAACUUCGAUGUCUGCGUGCUCUUCAUGGAAGUGCGUCUGCCCAAGGAGAGCCUCUACAGCCCCCCCAUCAUCCUGAAGAUCAUCGACAACCGCCCCUUUGGCCGGAGACCCGUGGUGGGACAGUGCACGAUCCGCUCCCUCCAGGAAUUCUACUGGGAUCCCUCCCAGCAGGACACGGGGGCACCCCAGGAGCAGCCAGAUGAUGUCAGCCUCACGCCCAGGGACGACGUCCUCAUUGACAUCGAUGACAAAGAGCCCCUGAUCCCCAUCCAGCUUCCCGAGGGUUUGACGAGCUCAGCACUAAUUAACAUCCCGGAUUCCCGGGCCCCGCCUCAUCUCUUUCCCUUGGGGCUGCAGAAGAUCCUGUGGGAGGAGGAAUUCAUCGACUGGUGGAGCAAAUUUUACGCUUCCACAGGAGAGAGGGAAAAAUGUGGAUAUUACUUGGAAAAGGGAUUUGACACCUUGAAGGUCUAUGAGACAGAGCUGGAAAACGUUGAGGAAUUUGAGCAUCUCUCCGACUUCUGCCACACCUUCAAACUGUUCCGGGGGAGAUCCCAGGAUUCCAGUGACGACCCCUCGGUGGUGGGGGAAUUCAAGGGUUCCUUCAGGAUUUACCCUCUUCCUGACGAUCCGUGUGUUCCGGUGCCUCCCCGGCAAUUCCAGCAGCUCCCGGCCAGGGGACUCCAGGAAUGUCUGGUCCGGGUUUACAUUAUCCGGGCCUUCGACCUCCAGCCCAAAGAUUCCAAUGGAAAGUGUGAUCCCUACGUGAAGAUUUCUGUGGGAAAGAAAUCCAUAAAUGACCAGGAAAAUUACCUUCCCUGCACUCUGGAGCCUGUCUUUGGGAAGAUGUUUGAGCUGAGCUGCACGCUGCCCCUGGAGAAGGACCUCAAGGUCACCCUCUAUGACUACGACCUACUGUCCAAGGAUGAGAAGAUCGGCGAGACCGUCAUCGACCUGGAGAAUCGCUUCCUCUCCAAAUACGGAGCUCGCUGCGGCCUCCCCCAGACCUACUGCAUCUCCGGCCCGAACCAGUGGCGAGACCAACUCCGCCCUUCCCAGCUGCUCCACCUCUUCUCCCUGCAGCACAACUACAAAGCUCCCACCUACAAAUCCGACCGGAUCAUCUUCCGGGAUCAGGAAUACCUCCUCUCCGAGCUGGAAGAUGGAAAACCCCCGAAUCCGCACCUGGGGCCGGUGGAGGAGCGGCUUGCCCUGGCUGCCCUCCGGAAGCAGGGAUUGGUUCCGGAGCACGUGGAGACCCGGCGCCUUUACAGCCCCCUCCAGCCGGACAUUGAGCAGGGAAAGCUCCAGAUGUGGGUGGAUCUGUUUCCCAAAUCCCUGGGACAUCCCGGCCCCCCUUUCAACGUCACUCCACGUAAAGCCAAGAGGUUCUACCUGCGCUGCAUCAUCUGGAACACCAAAGACGUGAUCCUGGAUGACCUCAGCAUCACCGGGGAGAAGAUGAGUGACAUCUAUGUCAAAGGGUGGCUGGUGGGACACGAGGAGAACAAGCAAAAGACGGAUGUCCACUACAGAUCCAUGGGAGGAGAAGGGAAUUUCAACUGGAGAUUUGUCUUUCCCUUUGAUUAUCUCCCAGCAGAGCAGAUGUGCCACGUGGCCAAGAAGGAACACUUCUGGAGCUUGGACAAGACAGAAAACAAGAUCCCACCCCAGCUGAUCCUCCAGAUCUGGGACAACGACAAGUUCUCCUUCGAUGACUAUUUGGGAUCCAUCCAAAUGGAUCUCAACAGGAUGCCCAAACCUGCCAAGACAGCGGAAAAGUGUUCCUUGGAUCUUGUGGAUGAUUCCCUGUCCUCCAGCCGCUCCGUGUCCCUCUUUGAGCAGAAAACUGUCAAGGGCUGGUGGCCCUGUGUGGCCGAGCAGAACCAGCAGAAGAUCCUGGCGGGCAAACUGGAGAUGACUUUGGAAAUCGUGGCAGAACAGGAGCACGAGGAGCGUCCAGCUGGGAUGGGACGGGAUGAGCCAAACAUGAACCCCAGGCUGGAGGAUCCCAAGCGUCCCGAGACCUCCUUCCUGUGGUUCACAUCCCCAUACAAGACCCUGAAGUUCAUCCUGUGGCGCCGCUACAAGUGGGUGCUGAUCCUGGCCAUCCUCCUCUUCAUCCUGCUGCUUUUCCUGGGAAUCUUUGUCUACGCCUUCCCGAACUAUGCUGCUAUGAAACUGGUGAAACCUUUCAACUGAAGGUGCUCCUGUGCCUGCCUGGGAAUUUUGGGAAGGAAUUUGGGAAGUGAAGAAGGAAAAACGCAUCCAGGCCUCCAGCUGCUGCCAAAGACUCCAGUUCCCUUUGGAAUUCCACCCGGGAAGUGUCAUCUAACCGAAGCCUCCACCAAAAUAUUCCUGGUUUUCCAGCCUUCUGUGUUUUGUUUGAGUUUUCCUGCUGCUCUGGUUGGUAAAUCCCAAAUUCCAGUGAAAAUCUGAGGAGGGAGUGGAGAAAGGACCUUUCCAUCCAGAAGUUGGGAAUGUGCAGAGGAUCCUCAGGGCAGGACUUGGGAUUUGCCAGCCUGAGUAAAUCCCACAGAUUCCAAGCACUUUUCGCUCUCUGAUCCAGCCUCAGUUUCCUUUUUCCCUGUAUUAUCCCAUUUAUGUAUUGUAAACCUAUGGAAAAUGUGUUGGAAAACCGGAUCCCUGGGAUGACAUGUCACAUUCCCAAAGCUGAAAUAAUGGGGAUGGGAAUGGCUGUGGUACAAAAUCUGGGAUUUGGAGUUGGUGCUCUACAAAAUCCCAGUUUCUCUUGGAUUUUGAGGCCUUUGCAUUCCAUCAUGGAAUUCUGGAGCUGGUUUUCCCUUGGAGCUGCUCCACAGCCCCACAGGUCUCCCAUUCCCACUGGGAGAGGAAUCUCAGGAGCAGCUGGGCUUUGAUUUCAUCCUCUCCCGCUGCCUCCCAGCCACUUUUUUGGGAAUUCUUGGUCUUUUUAGUGUCAGUAUUUGCAGAAUCCCCAGAAUCCCUGAGGCUGGAAAAGACCUUUGGGAUCAUCCACUCCAAGCUGUGCCCAAUCCCCACUGAGUGCCGUAUCUGGGAAUUCCUUGGAAACCCCCAGGGAUGGGGACUCCAAAGCUCCAUGGGCACUUCCAAGGCCUGACCACCCUUUCCAUGAGGAAAUUCCUGCUGAUGUCCAACUGAAGCCUCUCCUGAGACAACCUGAGGCCGUUCCCUCUUAUCCUGUUUUUCCCUAGGAUGAGAUCCCAACUCCCAUCUGGCUCCAGAUCUUCAGGGAAUUGUGCAGAGAUAUAAGGUCCCCCCUGAUCCUCCUUUUCUCCAGGCUGAGCCUCACUGAUAUUCCUUUAAAAUCAGCCAUUUUCCCAUGUAUUCCCAAAUAUUCUUAUGGAAAACAUCCCAACACAUACUCGCUGCUGCCAGGCAUUAAUGGAGCAAAAAACCUGUCCCAGGGUGGGAUUUGUUUUCCAAACAAAUCCGUGAUCCACAACCUGCUCAGCCUCCCAUGGAUCCGAUGGGAAUGCUGGGACAUUCCCACUUUUGCUGUUCCCUCCUCCUGUCCCUGGAGCGGGAUGAUCCCGUGGGAUGUGGCACUUGGGGAUUUGUGACCUUGGCAGGGUUGGACUUGAGCUCAGAGGUCUUUCUCACCUAAUUAUGGAUGGUUCCAUAAUUCCAUGAUUCCCAGGGUUUUCCAGUACUGUGAGGGUGUUAAUCCUCAAAUUCUCAUCCUGCAAGGCAUCUUCUCCCAUUCUCCCACCAGAAAAAUCCCAUUAAUAUCCGGCUGCUCCGGCACCUUUGCUGAUUUGGGAUCUUCCUGUCCUCCUUUCAGCAGGAUGAGAUUUAUCCUUGAUCCCAUGUUUUCUUUGGAGCUGUGGCUGCUUCAAACAAGCAAGGAGCUGGGAAAAGUGAUCCCGAGGGAUCAGUUUCCCAUGAAAAACCACUGAUGGCAGCUCCUGCCCUGCUCUGGCUGGGAUUUUAAGCUUGUGCUUAAAAAAUCGGGAUAACAGCCCAAUUGCUUUGUUAAAUGGGGAUGUAAUCCAUGGGGGAUCAAAUCCCAGGAUUCUCAUUAGAACAUCUCCCAGAAUGCACAGGGCAGCUCCUUCUCCGUGUUUUCUACACGGAAAAUGCACAGCUUUGGGACUUAUAGGGAUUUAUAGGGAUUUAUAACCCCAUCCCUGCUGCUGAGCUUUGGCUGAUCCAUGGCCCCUUCCCAAAAGUUGGAGUGCAGCAAUCGGCUCCAGAUUUGCACAUCCCAGGGUGGAGGUUUCAUUUUCCAUCAUUAAAUGCUUCAUUUUCCUUCGUUUUUUCCCUAAAAACCUCCCAAUGCCAUUUCCACCCCCAUCCCUGUUUAUAGCCACCAUCAAACAACCAGGAUUCACUCCAAUUUUCCAGAGGUUUUAUUAUCCCAAAGGAUCUGAGGAGCCAAGGACAAAAGUUACUUCUGUUUGGCCCUUGCUGGGAUUGGAAAUUUGGGUUUUAUGGGAAUGUUGGUCCCUGCUCUUUUCCCACCAGGACCCAACUGUGCCAGAGGAGUCUGGAAUUCCCUGAGUGCUCUCCUGGAAUCCACAGUGGGAAUUCAGAUCCAAUAUCUCUUGGAUUUGCGGGGAUUCUGGGAUUUCCCGUCCUGGUGUAAUUCCCCAUGAUCCCAACCCAAAAAUCUUGGAACCAAGAGCCUCAAAUGGAUGUGCGAUCCAUGUCGGAAUGCCAAACAUGGGAUGCGCAUCCCCCAUCCUGUCAGGAACACCACUGUCUAUCCCAGAAGGACAAGGAAUCAAAAUCUAUCCAUGGGUUUUCUUUGGAACAUCCAAGGGCAGCUUGGAUAAGGAUUGGAGCCACCUGGGAUUGUGGAAUGCCUGGAAUGGAUGGGCUUGAAAGUUUGGGAUUCACUCCAGAGACACUUCCAGUGGGAAAUCCUAUUUUAUUCCCAGAAUUCCUCUGGCAAGCCUGGGUCAGCAGCAAUGGGACAAAAGGAUCCAGGGCAUCCGGUUCCAUAAAAAUGGAUUUCCAGAAGGAAAUCCGUGCUCCCAGUCCAGGUUUUGUGCCAAGAGGAGCCUGUGGGAUUCCAGGGGGUAAAUUCAGGUUGGAGCAUCUGGAAAAACCAACUCCAUCCCAUUUUUUUUCCCUGAACAGACACAUCCAGCUCCAGGUCUGGUUGUGUCUCCUCCAAAUCCAGAUGGGAGGUGUAGAAAGAAUUCCCUGUGGCUUCUGGUUAUGCAGGGAAUUGGCUGGAAUUUGUUCUGGAUCACCUGUGCCUGCCUUAUCUGCAAUAAUGCCCAAAGCACUGUGAUUCCCAAAGAAAUGCUCAGAAACA